CCUCGACCCGCGGCUGCCCCUCCGCGAGCCCCGAGGGCGGCGCGGCGCGCGGCCGCCGCCGAUGCCGCAGGGCGGCGGCAAGCGGGCGCGCGCGGGGGGCGAGGAGCUGCCCGCGGCGGUGCCCCGCCCUGAGGCGUGGGGCUGGGAGCUGGCAGAGGACCCAAUCCAGCUCUCGCAGGCGCUCUUGCAGGAGCCCGUGAACAAGGCGCCGCGGAAGUCCGCCACGCCCUGGCGGAACCUCGGGCGGCGUCAAGAGCGCCGCAAGGAGGCCGCGCAGGAGGACUUGCCGCUCAUAGUCCGCUGUCUGCGGCGCGGGGCGAUGGUUGCCGAGGCGCCGCCCGCCCCGGCCGCCCCCGCCGCGGAGGGCUCGCGCGCCGGCCUCCCCGCGGGCCGCGCGCCCGCGCCGCCGGCGGCCGCGGCGGCGCCCGCGGGCUCUGCGAGCGCGCAGCUGGCGAAGCUGCUGGUCAGAAACAGGCCCGCGGCGGCGCUCCUGGCCGCAGGCCCGUCCGCGCGCCCUCCGCAGCAGCCCGUCGCGCCCCUGCCGGCCCGCUGGGCGCCACCUGCGGGCAGCCAGCGCCCACCCGCCGGCGCGCCGGCGGCCGCUGCCACCACGCCGCUGUGGGAGUUGGCGGGGCGCGGCAACGGCGCGCGGGACCUCAGCGGGCAGCCCGGCGAGUCGGUGGCCACGCGGACGAUGACCCUGCAGCAGGGGGCGGCCGUCUGCCAGUGGGUCCUGUGGGCGGGCGCCGCGGAGCGCUGGGGGCCGCAGCUGGAGGGCAGGCGCGUGCGGGUGUUCGGCGCGCGGGUGCAGGAGAUCAUGGGCGCGCUGCAGCUCAAGGGCUGCACCCGCGUGGAGGUCUGCGAGGCACCUGGCCACGAGGGUGGCCCUGGGGGCGAGCCGCAGGGCUGAGCCGGGCCAUCGGGGGCGGCUUGGAGGGGCUUGCGGCCGACCACUCGAUGCCCUUUGCGCUUCUUCUGGGGGGCAAAGAUGGGCGGAGGUGGGAGGGAA